CCUCGUGCACAAGUAUUGGAGUUUUCUUGUUCCCGGCGGGUUUUCGAAGUUUGAGCUCAGGAGUGCUAACGGAGGCCGAGUAAAGUUCCCUUGGAGAUCUAGUGUCAUUGUCAGGAAGACUUUGUCAGUCAGAACUCCCUCAGAAGAUGGUACAGGUCUCUCGUCUACUCGUCAUUCUGUUCCUAAUCUCUCUGACCUCUGCUCAGUCAGACUCGGCCGUCCAGACUACUUCUAACGGCCAAACAGCAGUUUUUCGUCUGCCGAACAGUGUCACCGGCGUCGUAGGUUACAGGACUGAACACCUUUGGCCACUUAUCAAUUACACAGUCUCUUACCAAGGAAAAAUAAUCGGGGAAAAAGCGUUGAAAUCACUUAAAUGGAAAUCACAGUGGAUGCCCCUUCUCAAGUUACCAAAGGAAAUAAACGGAACCAACCUGGAGGAUCCACAAGGACUUGAUACAAGAAAUGUCUCCUUAUCAAGUAACAGAAGAGGUUCAGUGGCUAAUGAUGACGUUACCUCCACAGAUCAUGAGCUGCAGAAAGCCACUCCUGGUGAGGAAGUCCUUCUUGACCUUCCCGAGGAAGACGAUGUGUGGGUGGCUGUCUGGAACGAACUUGGCCGAGAAAUCAGAACGGAACUCAGCUUGUUCCACGAGCAGGAAAAAUACCUUCAUCUCAACAUAAAUGUAUCACAACUUUGCGGAUCCUUUAUGGAAAUGAUACUUGUCGUCUAA